AUGGAUGACGACGAGGCUGGGGAUUCAGUGAGCUUGCCACCCUCAGUCGCGGAGACAGAUGAUGAAGCGCUGCAGCAGCAGCAAGAUGAUGAAGACGACGUGUCUUUGCCGCCAGAGGUGGUGGAAGAUGGUUUUCCUGAGGAGGCUCAGUGCUGCAAGAGGCGCAAUUGCAAAUCACUCUUCGAUCGAGCAGUUUUGGAAACGUACCAGGCUGAAUUUUCCCAUUGCAGCCAAGCCGUGCGCUUGAACAAAACUUAUGAGAAAGUCCGCGAUGUCUUCAAGGCCGGCGGGUCUGACACGAAGAAGCCAAUGCCAUGGGCACUGCUGGGCAAACCAGUGUGCAGGAAGUUCUUUGAAACAAUCCAUCAAGUUGGCCAUGGCACUAUGGACCAAAUGGUUCUCCAUUGCAAAAAUGGCCACACAUCCUGGCCGCAACAACGGGGUCCUAGACUGCAAAGAGACGCUCCUGCCACCGAUACCGUGGAUGUUUGGUUCAUGACGGUGUACAAUGACCUGGCUGAACCUCUUGCCAUUCCUGGUUCGGAAGGGCGGUUGGAAUCUGCUGGGCCUGAGGAACAGCUGCAGCAACAUGAAGUAGUGGACGGAAAUGACCCGUUGCUGUCAGUCAGUCUCAAUUUGAGGCGGCACGCGAGUCCAAAGACAGACCCGCAUGGGCGGGUGCUGAUCCCUAAAAGGUAUUUGAAUUUUGCAGAUGAGUCUGCUCUAUUCAACUUCUACCAGAUCGACGAACCAUCUCCGCAGCAAGUUUCCCGUAGCACCUUUCGAAAGGCAUGGGGAAAAUGGUCGAGGAUCAUGGCUUUCAAAAACAAAGGUGAGAACAGCAAAUGCAACAUUUGCGCCAGGUUGACAGUCGAGCGAGCUGAAGCUGUUGAGCCAUCGGAAAGGCUACGUGUCGAUGCUGCAAAACGCCAACAUUUAGAUUGUGUUAUGGCUGAUCGAUCAGUGAGCGUGCGAUGCAACAAGCUGGCAUCCCGAGCAGAUGUCUGGCUGACCAAGCAGAAUCAUUCCAGCAUGUGCAAGCUGAUGCUGGAUGGAAUGGAUCAGUCGAAAUUUUCCAUACCCAGAAGGAAGGAUAUGAGUGGCACCUCUUCCUGGUCAAAGUGCUGGCGCCCGUCCAUCCAUGUGACCGGGUGCAUUUGCUUCGGUCAAUUCGAGUAUUGCGCCAUCAUGAGACCUGACCAAGCCAAAGACAGCAACAUGAACGCAACCAUCACGUGCCGUGUACUCGAUCUGCUUCACACCAAACUGCAGAGUCAAGGCCCGGAAUACUCCUUUCCACCAGAGCUUGUAGUGAUGUGUGACAACACACCAAGAGAAGCCAAAAACGCAUUCUAUGCAUCAUAUUUAUCCACAUUGGUGGGUAAGCAGCUGUUCAAGCAAGUGGAGUGCCAUUUUCUUCAAGUUGAUCAUACGCAUAAUGAACUCGAUCAACGCUUCAGCUCAAUGGCCAGCGUGAUAAAGGGAGCUGCCUGCUUGGAGGACAUUGCUGAUUUGGUCGAGUACUUGAAGGAUCACAUGAAAGCAGCUGUCAACAGAGAGAUUGUGAUCGAAGAGUUGACAAAUACUAUGGAUUUCAAGACUUGGCUGGGAGAUGCCAACCUACAUGUCCAAGGGCUGACAAGUACCCACUUGGAGCCGCACGCCAAUCAUGUUUGGAGAUUUACUCCCCGCACUGAACUGGCCCAUGGAGCUAUCGAGUGCCAUCACCCAGAUUGGCGUGGUCUUCCGGAGCAUCCACAAGAUGUGAUCUUGACAGUGAAGCAGUACAUGAGCUCCCCAUCUCCAUCCCAAUGUCCGCAGCUGAUUCUACCCUUGGCAAUAAGCGAGAAAUUGCAGGAGGAGAAGCUCAAGCCUGCUGCCCAGAAUCAAUUUAGCGAAACCACGCUGCAGGAGUUCCGGAAGACAGCUGAAAUUUUUUCCCAGCCCCCAUGGUCUAUGCUAAAGGCCAAAUGCUUUUUGGAGGACCUGUGUGACAAGAAUCAGACCUGUCACAUGUAUCCUGGCUACAAGUUUGAGUUCUAUUUUUCGGAGGAUUUCGCAGAGCAGCGAUGCCUUGAAUCAGGGCGUUUGGACGCAGCUCUGCCACAAGACUUGGAAACCGCUGAUGUUGAACCUGAAGCGCCUCCACGUCGUGUCAUGGUUGUCAAGGGCAAGAACAAGCCGCCAAAGGCGAAAGCAAAAGUUAAGGGGGCUGCCAAAGUUCAAGCCAGCAAAGCAGUUUUGAAACGUCCAGCCGCAAGUGGCGUUGUUCAGCCAGAGCCUAUCGUUGAGGCUGGGCAAGAACCAAGACCUGCGGGUCAGUUGCUGAAACGCCCGGCCAGCCAAAUGGAGACAUGGGCUGACAACUCUUCAUAUGCUGUUUUUGCAGGCCCUGGCGCUGCCCCAGGCCCAGAUGGUUUGCCAGCUGGUUGCGAGUGGGGCUGCUCAAAAUGCUACAAACGCCCUCCCGGGUGCAGCCGAUGCAGGAAACUGGCCGAUGAGGGCCGUCUUGACUUUCACCGUCUUGCCGAUGGCAGGAUCUACAGGGAUCUCGCAAAGCGAUGA